GACCUGGCAACAAUGGCCAGAUCCACUCGCUUGACAACAAGGGUGCCUUUGGAUGCUAUCCACAUCCGCCCACCAGUUGAUGGGCUUCCAGUUGUUGAGGACUUCCUGACAUGCUGCAUAAGUUUUCUAUUUUCUGGUUCUCGCCUUGAUCGAGAGCCUGUGGACCUAUGCUUGGAUGAACAUAUUCCACCUCCAGAGGAAGGCAACGCUUACAGACCAGUCCUUUCAGUGAAGAAGGGAUUCACACGCUUGAUGUCUGGAUUGUUCCUGCUGCUUGUUGCAUCAGACCUUGACCCAGUACUUGCGAAGGAUCUAUUGCUGCCUUUGCUCCCAGCGAUCAUUGAUGUUUGGAACUUGCCAGCCUGUGUGACCAGUGGCCAACCACAGGAAGAGGUUUCCUUCGAAGCUAUACAGCUUUCUUGCCAGGGCGCAGAGAGGCAACGCAAAAAUGCCUUACAAAUGAGCUUGCGUUUCGAGAAGUUGAUGGCUGAGCACCGCCUCAAUUCUGCAGACGCUGACAAGACAGAGGUGGAGUUGCUCCAAAUGUUG